CCUGGCCUCGUGGGGCACGAGGCUUAGCCUGUGGGCAGUGGGACGUGGUCCUGCCCCGUCCAGGGCCCUGGUCUUGUCCACGUCACAGCGCCUCGUGCAGCUCGGUGCAGGGUCUCCUCUUGGGGUGGCCGCCGGUGGGGGCAGAGCUUGGCCUGGGGACCCUUCAGGCCACUCUGACCCAAUCCCCCGCCCUUGGCCUCAUUUAGGGAGGUGGUCUGGCAGGGCCUGUCUCUGGAGGGACCACCUCAGGGGAAGCCUGACUGCCCUGCCCAGGAGGCCUGGGAAAGAAUGUCAGCCUGUGCAGGGGUCCUGAGGCUUGAGUGAGCCAGGAGGGGACGGGGUAGCAGGCCAGGCCAGUGGGCAGGGCUGCCGUGUGACGCUGGGUGGGCAGGGCAGAUAGAGACGGCACCAUCAGCCCAGGUGCCUCGGCGGAACCCUGGCGCUGAGCAGCUGAGGGGCCCCCGGCACCCCUCCCUCCUCCGAGAUGCAUGUCAGGUUUGUCAGAAGGGCCCUAGGCCUGAGCGCGCCCUGGCCGCUGGGCUGCUCUGGGUCCUCCCAGGGAGCUGUGCUCUGAGCUGGGGGUGCCCGCGUGGAAGAGAGGGCCCGGCACCCACCACGUGCCAAGCUGGGUAUCCACUCAGUUUCUGCUCUCACUCCGUCUGCACAGAGGGGAAAACGGGGGCCCAGAGAGAGUGCGAUUUGGGGGUGCACAGUGAGACAGCUGCAGCGCCAGGCCCAUCCCCAGGCCAGCCCUUCUCUCCGCCCCAUGCAGGCAGCUGAGCUGACUCAUGGGGACCGGGCCACCCACCACCACCACCCCCGCCGCCUCCGCGACCCCUCAAAUUGCAGAAGAGUUUCCCGUGGCAGCUCUGCCUGCAGCUGCAGUCACGAACCAGGGGCCAGCUGGGGCGACAACUGUGGCCGUGUCUGGGGGGCGACACCCCAGUGUUCGUUCACAGACCUGGGCAGGACCCCAAGCCAGGUAGGGACCGGAAGCUGGGGCUGUGGGGGUCCAGGCCUCUUCCUGCCGUGUCAUCCUGGAAGACUUCCUGGAGGAGGUGUCGUAGCUGAGACUCGAGGACAUUGUCAGGUCCAGGACCAGCAUGGCUGAGGCCAGAGGGGCCGGCUGGCUCAGGCAGGAACCCAACGGAACCCUCAGAAUGUAACGCCACGGUGACCCCUGGGACUCCCGCGAUCCCCGUAACCUCGGUGACCCCCAGGACCCCCGCGAUCCCCGUAACCUCGGUGACCCCCAGGACCCCAGCCACAGCGACAGCACCCAGGGCAGAGGGACCCCAUGGUGGAGGGCUUACCCACCUGCCCAGGGCAGCCCCCUCCAAUAGCAGCCCUGGGGGCACAGUGCUCACCGAGGCCGGGCAGCCCUGCAGGUUCCCCUUCCGCUACGGCGGCCGCAUGGUCCACUCCUGCACUACAGAGGGAAGCGCCCACAGGAAGUGGUGUGCCACGACUCACAACUAUGACCGGGACAGGGCCUGGGGCUACUGUGUGCAGGCUUCCACUCCCCGGGAGGGCCCAGCUGCCCUGGACCCAUGUGCCUCUGGCCCCUGCCUCAACGGGGGCUCAUGCUCCAGCACCCAGGACCCCGAGUCGUACCACUGCACCUGCCCCGUGGCCUUCACUGGCAAGGACUGCGGCACGGGUGAGCAGGGUGGGGGCUGCAGGGCAGGGGGCCGCCAGGCGCACGCGCGGGGAGCAGCGGCUCACUGUGCUGCCCCCAGGGAAAUGCUUUGACGAGAGCCGCUACGAGUACCUGGAGGUGGGCGAUCGCUGGGCCCGCGUGCACCGGGGCCAAGUGGAACAGUGCGAGUGUGCGGGGGGCCAGGUCCGGUGCCAGGGCACCCGCCACACAGCUUGUCUGAGCAGCCCCUGCUUGAAUGGGGGCACCUGUCACCUGAUCGUGGCCACCGGGACCACUGUAUGCGCCUGCCCCCCAGACCACGCCGGGCGGCUCUGCAACAUUGUGCCGGCCCAGUCCUGCUUUGUGGGGAGUGGCACCGAGUACCGAGGCGUGGCCAGCACGGCGGCCUCGGGCCUCAGCUGCCUGGCCUGGAACUCUGACCUGCUCUACCAGGAGCUGCACGUGGACUCUGUGGGCGCCGCGGCCCUCCUCGGCCUGGGGCCCCACGCCUACUGCCGGAACCCGGACAAGGACGAGAAGCCCUGGUGCUACGUGGUGAAGGACAGCGCGCUCUCCUGGGAGUACUGCCGCCUGGCAGCCUGCGGAUCCCUUGCCAGAAUCCAGCCCCCGCCCACCGAGGCCCUGCUGAGCCUGCCUGGGCCCGCGGCAGCUGGACCAGCCGGACGCCAGACCUGUGGCAAGAGGCACAAGAAGAGGAGCUUCCUACGGCCACGCAUCAUCGGUGGCUCGUCCUCGCUGCCCGGCUCCCACCCCUGGCUGGCCGCCAUCUACAUCGGGAACAGCUUCUGUGCCGGGAGCCUUGUCCAUACCUGCUGGGUGGUGUCUGCCGCCCACUGCUUCUCCAACAGCCCCCCCAGGGAAAGUGUCUCUGUGGUGCUCGGCCAACACUUCUUCAACCGCACGACGGCCGUGACGCAGACGUUCGGCAUAGAGAAGUACAUCCCGUACCCCUUGUACUCGGUGUUCAACCCCAGUGACCAUGACCUCGUUCUGAUCCGGCUGGAGAAGAAGGGGGAGCGCUGUGCUGUCCGCUCCCAGUUCGUCCAGCCCAUCUGCCUGCCUGAGCCCGACAGCACCUUCCCGGCUGGGCACAAGUGCCAGAUAGCGGGCUGGGGCCACCAGGAUGAGAAUGUGAGUGGCUACUCCAGCUUGCUGCGGGAGGCCCUGGUCCCCCUGGUCGCCGACCACAAAUGCAGCAGCCCGGAGGUGUAUGGGGCCGACGUCAGCCCCAACAUGCUCUGCGCCGGCUACUUCGACUGCAGGUCUGACGCCUGCCAGGGGGACUCAGGCGGGCCCCUGGCCUGUGAGAAGAACGGCGUGGCCUACCUGUACGGCAUCAUCAGCUGGGGAGACGGCUGCGGGCAGUUCAACAAGCCCGGCGUCUACACCCGCGUGACCCGUUACGUGGACUGGAUCAGCGACCGGAUUCGGCCCCCCAAGCGGCCCGUGAAUCCCUCCUGAGACCACCCCUGGGGACAUCGUGCCUCCUGCCGUUCCCUCCUCACUGGCAAUAAAUGUGUUUCCAAAAAGACCCCGGCCCACACUGCCUGUCCUGCUGCCGCCAGCUCAGCCUUCCCCGCCCCCAGGCCGUGACCCCCGACCCAGCUUUGUGGAUGCUGUGGCUUCAGGGCUGGGGCCCCCAAGCCAGCACCCCAGCUGCUCAGAGGAGAAGGGAGCCUGUGACCCCACAGGGAGGGUCUGGCCCCACAGCCUGGGCAGUCAGGACGGGGAUCCAGACGCGACCUUCUCCAGAGCAGGAGCUGUGCCCAGCCAGACCCCGCUCAGACCCUCCCCCAGGCAAGUGGGGCUUGGGUCCGGGCGCCUUGGGCUGUCCCACGGCAGCGGACGCUAGAACUUAAGACAGGUUAUUUGGGAAAACCCCUGGCUAUCAUUUUGCUUCAAGGAGGCAGCCCGCCCGACUGCAGCUCUCCCUCAGCCGUGUUUUCUAGGUGGGGAGAACUGGAGACUUCCUCUGAAGGAAGCCAGGGGAAGGGAGGAGCCCCAAUGCCAGGGUGAGUGGAGGGUAGUGGGUUGCACCAGCCAGGCAAGACACUGUGGGCACGGGAUCUGAGAUGCCCAAAGGGCCCAGAAUCCUGGGCCAGAGGAAGCAGCACAUGCAAAGGUCCUGAGACAGGAGGCUGAUGGUGGCUUAUUUAUUUAUUUAUUUUUAUAAAUUUGUUUAUUUGUUUA